AUGGCCAGUCUAAUGUUCUUCCGUUCCGCUUCAUCUGUAUGCUCUUCUCCAUCGAAAAAUGUCAAGUCUAGUUUAGACUUCGAAUUGAAGAAACUUGGUGGCUGCACAAAACUUGUCCGUAACACUAAUUUGGAGAAACUAAAGAAUAACUAUUUGUUUCCUGAAAUAAACAGACGUGAGCUUGAGCACGUUGAAAAGCACCCAAAUGUACGAUUGAUAAGCCUUGGCACUGGUGAUACAACACAGCCAAUACCGAAGAAGAUAACUUCAGACAUGUCUAACUUUGCACAUGCCCUAUCGACUGUGGAAGGAUAUAGAGGGUAUGGACUGGAAGAAGGUAAUCAGGCUCUACGGAAAGCUAUUGCUGAUACGUUCUAUGGACACUUGCGCGUAAAAAGUACUGAAGUUUUUAUAUCAGAUGGAGCACAAAGCGAUAUUUCUCGUCUUCAGCUACUUCUAGGUUCCGGUGUCACAAUUGCUGUGCAAGAUCCUACCUUCCCGGCUUACAUAGAUUCAAGUGUGAUUAUUGGUCAGUCAGGCCACUUCCAUGAAGCAACGAAGAAGUACCAAAAUAUUGUCUACAUGCCAUGUGGGCCUAAUAAUAGUUUCUUCCCUGAUCUAGCAAUGACCCCAAGAACUGAUGUCAUCUUCUUUUGUUCUCCUAAUAACCCCACUGGUUACGUAGCAUCGAGAAAACAACUACAUCAACUUGUCGAAUUUGCAAAGACCAAUGGUUCCAUUAUUAUUUUUGACUCUGCAUAUGCCGCAUUUAUCGAAGAUGGCAGUCCACGUUCCAUAUACGAAAUUCCUGGUGCUCGAGAGGUCGCAAUUGAAGUUUCAUCAUUCUCCAAGUUUGCUGGCUUCACUGGCGUCCGGCUUGGUUGGACUAUCAUCCCUGAUGAGCUCUUAUACUCUAAUGGUUUUCCCAUUAUAAACGAUUUCCAUCGCAUUGUAACAACUUCCUUCAAUGGAGCUUCAAACAUCGCUCAAGCUGGUGGUUUGGCAUGCCUUUCUUCUGGUGGCCUUAAGGAGAUACGGUCAGUGAUCAACUACUACAAAGAGAACAGGAAGAUUUUGAUGGAGACUUUGGUCAGGCUCGGCCUCACGGUAUAUGGUGGUGUAAAUGCUCCAUACAUGUGGGUUCACUUUAAAGGAUCAAAAUCAUGGGAUGUGUUUGCUGAGAUUCUUGAAAACACUCAUAUAACUACAGUUCCGGGCUCGGGUUUUGGGCCUGGUGGAGAAGAGUAUUUGAGGAUCAGUGGGUUUGGACGCAGAGACGAUAUUGUUGAAGCAUCCAAGAGGUUGGAGAGUUACUUUAACAAACGAACCAAACAUUUUCCUUUUCUCUCUUCUGCUUCUAAUACCAAUUAA